UUUUACGAGAUAUAACACGCCACUUAUACUGUGUGUACACAUCCUAAGGUUUCGUUUAUUAUAAAACCUUUAUGAUGCAACCCUGGUUGUUUGUUAUUUGAUGUCUUUUCGGUGAAAUGCUAAACAACAAAUUUUAACAAGUUUGUAAUAAACAAUUAUACGAAAAGAUGUUAUGCCGUUUGUGCAUUAGUGAUUGCGAACACAAUUCUUUAGAAUUAUUCGAUUCUGGUGGAACAAACACAACAAUUUACAAUGUUGUCGCGAAGUAUUUCGAAAAGGAAAUAAAUAUGGACGAAGUAAAAUCAGAAUUUGAUGCAGAAAAUGAACAGAGAACUACACAGUUUAACUCACAGGUGAUUUGUGCGAACUGCUGGCGGCACAUAGAUGAUUUCCAUCAAUGGCAGAAGGAGUUGGUGAUACUAAAAGAUGAACGUUUAAAACUACUGCAGCAACCGUAUCAAAGGGAGCUAGUAGAGAGUGUUAAACUAGAAAUGGAAAUGGAUGUAAACAACUUAAAUAUAUAUGCAGAAUCAUUUGCGGACGAUACAUGUGAUAACGAUGACUACUUCAAUGAGGACACUGAAGAUCCAGUAGCUAUCUGCGAAGCCAAACUUACAACGUCGUCGAAGAAAUUGCCUGCUGUUGCAGAUGUAGAAAACGUUGAAAAUGACGAUAAUGACAGUCUCUAUGACGAUAUGCCAUUAUUGAACAGAAAGAAUUUAAAGAAACCUAAAACAAACGCAACUACUAAAAAAAAGGCUGGAAGGCGGAAAAAAGUGAAAAGAGUCGUAAAGAAAACUUCAGAAGUAGAAACUGAUUUGGAUUCCAAUGAGAAUGAGGAUAAGCAUGAUGCUAAUAGUGCUGAGAGAAAUAAAGAAAAAAGUUCGAAAACCAAGGAGUUUGAUGCCUUUAUUGCGCAGCACUUCAAAGAGCAAUUACCAUGUGAAUUAUGUGGUCAUUUAUCCGCCGACUUUACUGAACUGCGUACACACUUUCGCGAUGUGCACAACAGCAAUAAAGGAUAUGUAUUAUGCUGCAAACACAAAUAUAGUCAACGGUUUCACUUUGUUGAACAUUUGCAAGUGCAUUUGAAUCCACAAAAGUUCCAAUGCGCCGAAUGUGGUAAAUGCAGUGCGAAUGGUCGUAGUCUGGUGGCGCAUAUGAAUUCUAUGCAUAAGCCAGAGUCGUUAGAGCGGCGUUUCGAAUGUGAAAUUUGCCAUAAGAAAUUCGCGAAAUUACCAAUUCUAAAAACACAUAUGGAGACACAUGCGGAGGGUAAUCCCGAUCAUGUGUGCAAGGAAUGUGGGAAGGGCUUUAUUUUAGAAAGCCGCCUUAAUAUUCAUAUACGCAAUGUGCACAGCACAGCUUAUCACAGUGUUUGUGACCAGUGCGGUAAAUCUUUCCGUGGACGGUACGCACUAAAAUAUCAUCUGCUGGAACAUGAUGGUGCUGGCAAACAACUCUGGCCUUGCGACCAAUGUGAUGCUAAAUUACAUUCCAAAUUUAGUUUGAAACGUCAUAAACGUAUAACACAUCAUGAUGGUUCCACCGUCUACGUGUGUGGCGAAUGUGGAAAAGUAGCUUUAACCGAGGAUGCUCUCAAGUCACACAAACGUUACGUACAUCAAAGGGAGCGUAUCCACAAAUGUACUGUGUGUGAUAAAGCCUUUAAAGCCUCAAAAGUGUUAAAAGAACAUAUGACUACGCAUACAGGCGAGGACUUGUAUCAAUGUCCGCAUUGCCCACGCACAUUUAAAGUGAAUGCCAAUAUGCAUCAUCAUCGGAAAAGAAAGCAUCCAAAGGAAUGGGAGGAAAAUCGUAGACACCGGCCCAUGUCUUUUAAGCAUAUGGAUCUUAGCGCUAUUUCGAAUGAGGUGGUGCUGUAAAUGGUGGAGAUACAUAAAUUUAGCAUUUAGUUGUUCAUAAAAAACACUAUUUUCAUAAUAUAAUUUUAACUAAAGUUGAAGAUUGCGUCAUCAGGUGUAAUAUUGAAUGCUUUUGUUUAAAUUUAUUAGCGUGAAAGUAUUCAAUUUAUGUCAAGUUUUAUAACAUCUCAAGUUUGCCUGUAUUAUAUUUAUUUUAAAUAAAAAUAAACCAAAGUAUUUUUAUCAGUGCAAAAUUAAGAAAUAAUACAAACAAUAAUUUUACUUCACUAUUCCCAAUAUAACUGGUUCUCAGGUGUGAACGAAUUUGUUUAUUAAGUAUUUGUGCAAAAAUAAAUUCACAAAUAUUUCGGGUAAAUACGUUUUUUAUUUAUUAUAUUGUACAAAAAUUGAACACUAAGGCCUCUAUAUUGUUGGAUAUGUUAAGCGCAAAUACUUUUUUUUAUAAAACGUUUAAGUACACAAAAUGCUUUAGUAUAAAGUUGAACAGGUUAAAUACUUGUUGAUUUUUCACUAAAAUUUAUAAAACUUUCAAUAUAAAUUGUUACAUAUAACAUUUUAGAGCAG